AUGCACUUCAAUGCUGCUCAGGCACCACUCGCUUCUACGCUCGAAGAAUGGUGGAAGAUGACUGAUGAACAGAAAGUUGUACUAAUUGUGUUAUGUAAAUUGGUGGAAAUGAGCAAGGUGAAGUGUAAACGUUACUGGCCAUCCGAAGUUGAACAAAGUCUUCUUUUCGGUGCUUACGAGAUCACGCUGGAAUCGGAGGAAAGUUUCACUGACGAUGAAUACCUUAUGAGACGGCUGAAAAUGACCCAUUCGAAAACAGGCGAAUCAAGGUCGAUCACGCAACUGCACUACAGAGAAUGGCCUGAUCACGGUUGUCCAUCCGGCGAAAAUCAGCUAAUCAACAUAAUCGAGAAAAUGGCUGAAUACAAUAAGAACUCAACAGCCCCUGUUCUUGUUCACUGCAGCGCUGGCGUGGGACGUACUGGAACAAUCAUAUCAGUCAAUUAUAUAAGGGAACUAAUUGAGUCUGAGGAAUUGGAUUCCUUGGACAUAUUCGAGCUCGUCAUGAGUUUGAGGAAACAGAGAGCAAGCAUGGUGCAAACACAGGUUUGUUGCGUCUAA